GGACGGUUCACAUUCUUUGCAAAUAGUCGUCGGAAAUAAAUAAAGUACAAUCGCCAAAAUUCGCCUGAGAAAUUUCCCAAUUGGAAGAAGAGCUAAUUAGGGCUUCUGAGCUAAGAGACUAAGGAGGUGAGAACAAGAUGUGGCACGAAGCGAGAAGAUCGGAGAAGAAGGUUCACGAUAUGAUGGACGCUGCUCGGAAAAGAGCACAGCGGCGAGCUAUUUACUUGGCUAAACGCCGUGGAGAUCCUAUUCAGUCGAUCCAAGCCGUUGGUUCUCGCUACCGAAUCUUCCGCGAUGAUGGUCUUUACCAAGCCACCGAGGAUCAACAGGGCUUGAUUCCUUGGAAUGGGAAGCAAGAUGUUAUGAUUGAUAGAUUUGAUGGUCGUGCUCUUCUGGAUUUUGUUCGUGAGGCUGGUUCGAGAAACAUACGUCCACAUAAGAAAACGGAAGAAGAGGAAGAACUUGAUGAGUUUGUUAAUUUUGAGCGUUAUCGGGAUUUGAUUAAGCAUCGCCGUAGAGGAUUUUCUGAUGAGGAGGGUUUGCUACAUGUCCAUCAAGAGCUCGAGGCCAAACUUUCUGCUCCCUUCCCAGGGGCUAGAUCACAACCAGCUCAACCAUCUGCAAACAAAGGCACAUAUUCGCAGGUUGGAUUUUCUUAUGCUGGAAACGGAAAAGAUAAUUCAUUGGAUGCAGACGAAGAUGAUGUUGAUGACGACGAGGAUGAUGAGGAUGAAGAGGAAGAAUUUGACAGUAAUGACAGCGAUGAUGAAGGAAUGGAAACAAUUGCAAAACAGUUUGGUGUUAAGCGAUAUGGGUGGCUUGUUUAUAUGGACAAGAAGGCAAAAGAGGAAGAGAAAAGGCAAAAGGAACUCAUCAAAGGCGAUCCUUCAAUUAAGAAACUAAGUCGCAAGGAAAGAAGAAAAGUUUCUAGGAUAGAGAGGGAUAGGGAAAGAGAAACUUCAAGGAGUGUUGGAAGGCAAAUAAUUCAUCAUGAUCCUUACAGGGAGUCCCGAAGGAGUCCUACUUAUGAGGCUUAUCCGCGUUCAAGAAGAUCAAGAUCCAGAUCCCGGUCGUAUUCUCCAUCAUACUCACGGCGGAAUGGGCGUGGAGACCAUUCUGAUGAAAUCAGCAAACCAAAAAUCGAAUAUAUUACAGAAUUUGGAGGAGGUUCUGGAGAUGUGGGAAGUCUGAAGUUCGAAGGAUAUUCCCCACCGCGUUCACCACCAUCUCAGUCUGACCUAUUGAGCCGACCAUCGCCGGGCCAUAUUCUUGAGGCGUUGCAUGUUGAUCCUGCAUCUGGUGUAUCUCUUGAGAAAGACAAGAUUGUUAAAACAGCUAAACCAACAGUGAGUACUUCCACAGCACUAGCGAAGCUUUCAAAAGCAGGUACCUCCUCUUCGAAGCAGACACAAGCAGAGAAGAAAGAAACUCCCCAAGAACGACUGAAGAGAAUCAUGAACAAGCAGCUAACGAAGCAAAUUAAGAAAGACUCUGCAACAGAGACUGCUAAGAAACGAGAACAGGAGCGACAAAGGCUGGAGAAAAUAGCGGAAACAAGCCGGUUAAGUCGAAGUAGGCAUCGCAGCCGUAGUAGGAGUUAUAGUCGAUCACCACCACCGAGGCGAAGAAGCAGGACAAGGCACUGAAGGAAGGAAACUCUUAUUGUUGCCUCUUUUAUGUUUUUUUUUUUUGUGUGUUUUUUCUUAUCCUUACUUUUUUAUUCUGUGUGACUUGGACUUGAUGUAUAAUCCAGUGGUAAAUUGUGGUUUUGUUGGAUUACUUGGGAUAAGUUUUCGUAUGAUGUUUUAAAAAUUAUAGGAUUGUUAUAAAAAAUAAUGAUUUUUCUUUAGUAAAUGAAUGAGAAGUUUUAUG